AUUUUUUUUAAAUUUCUUCUGAAAGAACAUUAAUUAUCUCUCAAAAAACCUUUGUCUAAUUGCCUUUUAAGAACUCCUUUUCUCCAUUUCUCUUCUUUCUUCUUUUCCUCUCUCACUCUGAAAACUCAAUCUUCAUCUUAGUUUCCAAUUUAUCUUCAACAUCAUAGAGGCUAACCUAAGGUCUUCUCGAAUGUCAAGAGAGAGGGAGAGAUUGGAUGAGAUCGGAAAGAAGUUAAAGACAGAGAUCGAUGCAUCUAAUUCACAGUUAUAUAUGCAACACCAAAUGGGCAGAAGACAGGUAUUAGGGCCUGCUGCAGGAGGAGCAACGUUGAAUAAUGUUACACCUUGUGCUGCUUGUAAGCUUUUAAGAAGAAGAUGCGCUGAGGAAUGCCCUUUUUCUCCUUAUUUCUCCCCACAUGAACCCCAGAAGUUUGCUGCUGUCCAUAAAGUCUUUGGUGCCAGCAAUGUUUCCAAGUUGCUCCUGGAGGUGCCAGUGGGUCAAAGAGCGGAUGCAGCAAAUAGUUUGGUAUAUGAAGCAAAUGUGAGGCUAAGGGAUCCUGUCUACGGAUGCAUGGGUGCAAUUUCAGCUUUGCAACAACAACUUCAGAAUUUACAAGCUGAGCAUAAUGCAAUUAGGGCUGAAAUUCUGAGAUACAAAUAUAGAGAAGCUGCCAAUAGUCUUAUUGCAUCUAUUUCCACUUCAGUGGCACCUGAGCUGCCCCAAGCUCCUCCUACUCCACCGCCACCUCCACCACCACCGUCCGUGGUGGUGGUUUCCUCCUCCUCUUCUUCUGCUUCGUCAGCUUCAUCUAAUUUGUACACACCUUCUUCUAGUGUGGCAAAUUUUAGCGCCAUUACCAACAAUAGCCUAUCGUAUUUUGAUCAGUAAUAGUGUCACAUAAAAUGAAACACAGAUAGUAUUGAUUUUAGUGCUGAUGUGGGGGUGGGAGAAGGAACGAAGCAAAGACAUUUGGAGAGUUUUAGUUUACAUAUUUUUCCUAAUUUGUCACUGAUAAGAGCAUUAUUAUAUAUACAUACCAUUUUGUAUCUCCAA